AUGUAUCUCAACCUCCUCACCCUCACUCUGACCCUCUGUCUCUCCCCAGCUCUAGCCAUAACCAUGACCCGACUCAAACCAACAAACCAAACCCUCGGCCACGCCACCAUCCACAACACCUGCCAGAAGGAAAUCUACCUCUGGUCCGUCGGCUCAACCAUCUCCCCGCAGUUCACCAUCCCCCCAAACACAACCUACACCGAGCCGUACCGCCGCGACCCCGCCAGCGGCGGCAUCGCGCUCAAGCUCACGCGCGUGCAGAACGGGCUGUAUACCGCGGCGCCGCAGAUGGUGUUUGCGUAUAACCUGGUGCAGCGGCGGAUCUGGUAUGAUUUGUCGGAUGUUUUUGGGGAUCCAUUUUUGGGAGUUAGGGUCAGGGUUGAGUAUCGCUCGCUGGCUGGAGAGGAGGGGGAAGAUGAAGAGAAAGGGAUUGAGUGGGUGGAUGGGGUGUCGCCGGGGGGAAGUAUGGUUAGGGUUGCGGAUGCGGAGGGGGAUUUGGUUUUGACUGUCUGCUAG